AUGGGAUCCGGAUUGGCUGUGCCACGGAGCCAGGCUGCCAGCCUGGUGUACGUGUGUCUUAUAGCCAGUAGCGCAUGCCGUGUCGCCGUGUCGCGAGUCUCCGCUUUCCAUUUCCGCCGCCGCCGAGGCGGCCGUUUCGAAUGGGAAAUCGGCGAGCGACAGUUUACCCCUGCCGUUCCUGAGUUGUGAGCGCGUAUUCGCCCUCUCCCGUAGAGUCCGCGAGCAUUAAACCCCCCCGCGUGCACCCUCCGCUGGCGACGAUGCCUUCCGGCUCCGGCUCCGGCUCGGUCUCGGACCCCCUGCUCGCGCGGGCCGACGGCAUGGCGGACGGCGGCGCCGUCGCGGCGGUGGACCACCGCGGCCGCCCCGCCGACCGCGGCUCCACUGGCGGCUGGAGGUCGGCGCUCUUCAUCAUAGCGGUGGAGAUCGCGGAGCGGUUCGCGUUCUACGGGGUGUCGGCGAACCUGAUCAGCUACCUGACGGGGCCGCUCGGGGAGGGGAACGCGGCGGCGGCGGCGGCCAUCAACGCGUGGAACGGCGUGGCGCAGCUGCUGCCGCUGCUGGGCGGGGCCCUCGCGGACAAGUGGCUCGGCCGCUACCGCACCAUCACGCUCGCCUCGCUCCUCUACGUCCUCGGUUUAGGCAUGCUGGCCUUCUCAACCUUGCUCUCCUCCGGCAGUCACCAACAAUGCACCACCGCUACCGCCGGUGGCAAGACCUGCCCGCCGUCCACCCUCCAGGUGGCCUUCUUCUACGUCUCCCUCUACCUGGUGGCCGUCGCGCAGGGCGGGCACAAGCCGUGCGUCCAGGCGUUCGGCGCCGACCAGUUCGACCAGAGCGACCCCAAGGAGUCCGUCUCCAGGAGCUCCUUCUUCAACUGGUGGUACUUCGGCAUGUGCGCCGGCACCACCGUCACGCUCGUGCUCCUCAGCUACGUCCAGGACAACAUUGGCUGGGGCCUCGGCUUCGGCAUCCCGUGCGCCGUCAUGGUCUGCGCGCUCGCCGUGUUCUUGCUCGGCACACGGACGUACCGCUACUACGUCUCCAGCGGCAAGCGGAGCCCGUUCGCUCGUGCCGCCGAGGCUUUCGCGGCGUGGCGGAGCAGGCGAAAGGCAGGCGCUCUGCAACCGACUUCGCAGGAACGAGCUCAAGCGGUAACAGAGGCGCCGGAAUUCAGUACAAGAGUCGAUGAGGAGGGGGAGGAGGUGGCGAGGAAAGCAGGCGUCGUCGCGGAGGCCAAGGCCGUCCUCCGGUUGUUCCCAAUAUGGGCGACGUGCCUGCUCUACGCCGUGGCGUUCGCGCAGUCAUCAACGUUCUUCACGAAGCAGGCGGCAACCCUUGACCGGCGCGUCGGCGAGCGGUUCAAGGUCCCGCCUGCCGCGCUGCAGAGCUUCAUCAGCAUCACCAUCGUGGUGUUCAUCCCCGUCUACGACCGUGUCAUCGUGCCUCUGGCGCGCCGCUACUCCGGCAAGCCGUCCGGCAUCACCAUGCUGCAGCGCGUCGGAACCGGGAUGGCGCUCUCCCUCGUGUCCAUGGUGAUCGCGGCGCUCGUCGAGAUGCACAGGCUCCGGGUCGCGCGGGACGCCGGACUGCUGGACAAGCCCAAGGUCCCGCUGCCGAUGAGCCUGUGGUGGAUGGUGCCGCAGUACGUGUUGUUCGGCGCCGCGGACGUGUUCACCAUAGUCGGGUUGCAGGAGUUCUUCUACGACCAGGUUCCCGACAAGCUGCGCAGCGUCGGGCUGGCGCUGUACCUCAGCAUCUUCGGCGUCGGUAGCUUCAUCAGUAGCGCCCUCGUGUCGGGCAUCGACAGGGUGACGACAGCGAGAGGGCGGAGCUGGUUCUCCAACAACCUGAACCGCAGCCACCUCGAUUACUUCUACUGGCUGCUCGCCGCGCUCAGCGCUCUGGAGCUCCUCGUCUAUAUCUUCUUCGCGGUGACAUACAAGUACAAGAACAAGGGAGCCGUGCAUGCAACUCUUGCUGCUUAGCUAUAUACUAGUACUAGUUGAGUAUAUACUUCAUUCAACAAAUUUACUAAGAGGGAGCGUCAUUCAAUAGUUUAUUAGAUGUAAAUGGUCCUUUCUUGUCGUAAUGUUGAUUCCCAUUUGUAUCUACUGGGAUGGCCAGUGUGCUAGCUGAUCGGUACCCUGGUAUAUAUGUAAAGACGGGUCCAGAUUCCACAACCAACAAACCGAUCCAUGGCCUCCUCUAUCUUUGAGGCACAUUUUAUGGCA